AUGCGGCAAGAGAUGGUGAUCGGGAACCGUGAUUUUUCGAUUUUCGGGAGUAAGAGUACCAAGAGUACCAAGAGCGCUAAGAGUGGUGACUCGGGGAACGGAGAUGAUGCGUCAGUAGGCACGCAUGAAAGCUCGUAUGAGCACCCUCUGGCUCGCAAGGGUUAUGACAUUGGCCCCGCUGCUCGGUUGGAGAUAGGAGAUGUCUUUGAGUUUCUAUGGGCGGACUCGCACGAGUUCGAAUGGGAAUGGAAGUGCCUUGGAUAUACUCGCUUCAUUGUCCUUCGACAUAGCGACACGUUUCCGCACUACGUUAUUUGCGUGCCAAUCUCCACCCCCACCAAGAACGACUUCCAGAAGCCCGGAAUCGAUUCAAGCCAGCAAGGCUACGUCUUUGACGAGAAUGACCGUACUCCGCCCUUUGACAAGCUUCCCUUUUCGCCGGUCGGUAUGCAGUUGCGUCCGGGCAAGUUCCGCGUCAAGGAGAACUCUCGGGCCAACUACGCCGAUGUCCUCGAGGUCGAUCACGACGCCCAGGUUAUGGUCGUAGGAGACGUCACCCGCUAUUUCGACCGUGUGCGGAGGAAUGUGAACAAGGCUGUGAUGCGCAACGUCCUGAAGAGGGCGCUGGAGCAGUACCGUCAGGGAAAGCUGGUCAGCAAGAAGGGAGCGAAACUUGAAGCGAGCGUUGUCAACGGUGGCCAAGACGAUGAGGAGCUCGAGGGCGAGAGCGAAGGCGAGCCGACGUCCGCCGGUCCGGAGGCGUUUCUUCACGCCGACCACCACCAGCACCACCACCAGCACCACCACGACGUCGCCGUCCAGGAGACAAAGAGGAUGGAACCUCUGGUCAGCGCCGCUGCCGCCGCCGAGCCGCCUCCGCCUCCGCCAGCCCCCCCGUUGCCCCCGAUGGGCUCGAUGGCACCUCCGCCCCCGCCUGCUCCCCCAAUGCCGCCGCAGUACAGCCACAGCACCAGCAUGCCGCCCCCGCAGACGUCGCCUUCGCGAAAUGCCGACGACGCCGCCUCCAUUCGGUCACAUGCUUCUCGAGAGAGAAGAAGUUCUCGGAGGGAAAGCGCACACGCACCACCCAGGGGUGAGGAUCUCCCGAGGAAGAUGUCGGAUCAUCACAUUGACGGAGCCUCGAGACCCUACCGGCAGCGCAUCGAUCUCCCACGGUCCCGCAGUCAUCGCCUGACGCCUGAGCACGAGACAGGAUCCAUGUAUGACAUUGCGACAGCCAGAGGGGAAUGA